AUGACGACGACGACCGAUACGGCGCCGGCCGUCCUCCGUUGCCGACGACCCACCAUCCCCGAGUCGGCGCCGGGCCUCCCCAGCACCGGGGGAAGCGACUCCGUGUGCGACAGGCCCCCUGUGGCCCAGCUCGACUUGCUGUCGCUCCCGCCCGAGCUUCACUUAGCAGUUUCCGAGUACCUCAUCUACCCGGACGCCCUGUCUCUCAAGCACACCAACCGCCACUUCUACAGCAUCGUCGACACUGGCAUCGAGCUCAAGAUCGACUGGCUGAUGGAGCGCCGCCGCCUGCAUCUCGAGUGCCCCAACGACCGGCGCUGCGACCUUGGCAGCGACCUGCGGUUCUGUCGUGGAAGCGUGCCUCUGCUGAUGCGCCGCCGUCGCGAACACGUCGAGUGCGAGUCCCGCCCGGGGCUAGGCUGCCUCGUCUACGGCACGCCUGCAUGCGCACACCGACCCAGGAGGCGAAGCCGCUGGCGGGCCGGCCUCCAGGCCAAGUUUACCGUGGAGCUGUGGUGGCUGCUGCUGCUCGCCCUCGUACCUGUCUUGUGCGCCUGCAUCUUGGCCGCUCGCUGGGUCGAGAAUUAA